GAGCUCACGCUGUAAACACGAUCAGUACUCAGAGGCCGCAGUGUGUCUCUGUCAGGAAAGGAAGUGGCUCUGAAGUGACUCGACCGCACAGUGUUUCGGAAAGAUAGUGACUGGGCAGUCCUACCUGAAGACUUACACCCAGACUGAAUAAAACGUUUAAAACAAACCCUCUCUGUUACUAAGAGGACGUAAAAACUGUAUGUAAAUCGAACGGGUAUAUCAGACUAAAACAGGUAACUGACGUCUUAACAUGAACGGACUUGCACCAUCUGGAAGAAUGAGAUUCAUUGCAGUUGCUGCCAUUCUUUGUGUUGGAUAUUUCUGUCCAACAGCCUUUGCCCAUCCUCGGGGAGAAUGGACAAAACUCAUCCUGACUCGACAUUGGCCACAGACAUUUUGCAGUAUGGAACAAUGCACAACAAAUUUAAGCUAUUGGACUCUGCACGGAUUGUGGCCCAACACUGGCAUGAGGUGCAAUACAUCCUGGCAUUUUAAUGCCAGCUUGAUUGAGGACUUAAUACCAGAAAUGGAAAAAUACUGGCCGGAUCUGCUAGCACCUUCUUCCCCAAAAUUUUGGCAAUAUGAAUGGAUAAAACAUGGAACCUGUGCUGCAAAAGCUGAUUCUCUAAACAGUCAACACAAAUACUUUAGCAAAGCUCUCGAGCUAAACCUCAAGUAUGACCUUAAUAGUGUUUUAAAGAACAACAAAAUCGUCCCCUCUGAGGAGUACUACACACUGGAUCAGGUGGAGACAGCCAUUACCAGCUUUUUCGGGGUGAAGCCUAAGAUUCAGUGCGUCCAUCCAGGAAAGGGAGGCCAGGUUCAGACUUUGGGCCAAAUAGAGCUCUGUGUUGACAGGGAUUUCCAGCUGAUCGAUUGCGAAAAGUCAACCAAAGAAAUCUGGAGCAAUGCCAUCCCCGAAGUGCUUGUCGGUGGCCAGUCAGAUCUCAGUGUGUGUGAUCACUCCAUGCCAGUCUAUUACCCUCCAGUGCCCAGCAGAUCAUAGAGGUGGGCGACCCCAGACCUCGUGUGGGAUCACUGAGCAAGAGAAGACAAGAAUUAAUUCUGUAUUUGAAACAGUGUUGAAAUCUUUCCUGAUUACACUAUCUUUUUAAGCAAUUGCACAUUAAAUUCCUU